AUAGUCAAUCUUGCUUUUGAGCUAAAGACUCUGUAAUCUGAAGAAAGGAUAAGACUUUGGACACAAAGAGAUCACUGAAAACAAACCAAAAAAUGGCAGCUUUGAGUUCUUCCAUGGCUAUCUCAUCUCUACAUUCACUUUCUUGCAACCAAAGUUUCUUCCUUUCAUCUCAAUUUUCAAAACCCUUGUUCAUAAACCUAUCUCAAAAGAAACCCAGAUUCUCAAUUUUCUUUUGCCUCAAGCAAAGUGAAUCUGGUAUCGAAGAAGAUGAAGGAGAGUUUACAGUUGUGACAGCUGUAAGAAGCAGAUACAAUGAGAUUGUUAUAGUGGAUACUUUUGCAUCUAGAUAUCUUCUUCUUGAUUCCACUAGGAAUGUGCAUAGUGUUAUCAAUAAAGGAGGCCAGAAUUGGACUGGAGCUUAUUGGGAUGAGUCGGCGUGUUUGCCGCCUAUUAUCCCUAAUGGUCCCAUUGCAAUCUACGGCUUGGGUGGUGGAACAACUGCGAGAUUGAUUCUUGAGUUGUGGCCUUCAACGGAGCUUGAAGGUUGGGAAAUCGAUGAAAUUUUGAUUGAGAAAGCAAGAAACUAUCUCGGAUUGUCUGAGCUAGAGAUACCGACAUCAAAAGGCGGUAGACUUUGUAUUCAUGUAGAUGAUGCUCUCUCUCCUUCUCAAGAUGAUUCAAAAAGAUAUGCUGGUAUCAUCGUUGAUUUGUUUACUGAUGGAAAAGUUUUAGAUCAGCUGCAACAGAUCCCAAUGUGGCUGGAACUUGCUAGUAGGUUAAUGCCUAAGGGUCGCCUUAUGGUGAAUUGUGCGGGAAUCGAAAAAGAAGUACAGAAUGGAAAACCACAGUUGGUGUUAGAUGAUUUAGCUUGGAUGUUGAAUUCUACUGUCAAGAUCUUGUCAGAAGCAUUUCCUGGACAAGUUAGCUGGAAGAGAACACCAGAUUCACAAGAUCUCAACUUUGUUGCCUUAACCGGAGGCUUACCUGAUCUUAGUGACUGGUCAAACAAGGUUCCAGUCCGUUUAAGCGAAUCAGUGAAGCUAUGGAAGCUUUGCGAGACCCCGUUAAAUAUCAGUGCUUUGAAUGCAUCUUAACAUCAAAGAGUUUUGCCAAAAGAUUUGAUCAAAAAACUCUCAUGUGAAUAGUGGAAGUUGUGUAUGAUUUGUUUUGCCAAUUGAGUAGAGAGAUACACAAAUGGACAAAAAAGAGGUACAUAUGAAUUUCACAUUUGAACUGAAGGGUUUUAAAUCUUAAAUUCGAUUGUCUUAAAAGUGUUCCUUAUGUUGAGUUUGAUAGACAAAACUUUGAUUUUGAGUUAAAGAUUUUGAUUGAGUUGUUGUUACUAUCAGUCUUAGAUCUUAUAUUAGUUAUAAACAAACAACUUUUUU